UGUCUGGCUGCUGGACGCCAAAGGCGCGCCAAUUCCCCAGGUCUCGUCCUCCUCCCGCACGCAGGUUCAUCCUUGCUACUUUCUGCUCGCCGCGACCGUCAUCGUCGACCGUUUUACUACUACUCCUUUUUAAUCUCACUAUUGUACGAUACUGAGGAGCGAUAUCCUCUCGGCAUCACGCUUAGAUCUGGUGUUCGCCGUCGCGCCUGCCACCACCACGUGUCCUGACGUGCUCCCAUUGCGCGCGAACCCCAAUUGCCGGACCGAACACGUCGAUCGCACGCAUCCAUCAAUCGCAUUGCUACCGUCGCAACGACCGUCGCGUGAUAGAACGAUGGCACCCUCGAACGAGCGUCAGCAUGAGCUGCCUGCGAGGCGCAACACGAUGCUCGAAGAGUCGCGCGCUCCAUUGCAUGAGAAUUUGGUGGAGCGCAGAUGCUUGGGACAGACUGAGCUGAAGGUCAAGCCCGGCCAGGUCGGCACGUCCAACGCGACCAAGCUCGAAAACUUGGGCGUGCUGGACUACGCGCAUUUGCGCGUUCCCCUGCCUAAGGACUUGACCGGCAGUGGCAUCUUUUCGCGCGGACCAAACCGAAAGUUCCCUGAAGCAUAUUUCUUGAUGCGACGAUCAAGUGACGGCUUCAUUAGCGCAACGGGCAUGUUCAAGGCUGCAUUCCCGUGGGCAGAAGCAGCUGAAGAGGCAGCUGAAAAGGAAUACAUUAAGCAGCUCGAAGAGGCUUCGAGCGAGGAAGUUGCCGGCAACGUGUGGAUUGACCCCAAGAAAGCCCUCGACCUGUCCGAAGAGUACGGCAUCAAACUCUGGAUCGCCGCGCUUCUCGACCCCGAACCGAUCACACACGGAACCAGCGACCCCAAGAAGAGCAUCAAGUCUCCGCCGCCGUUCCACAUGAGCGAGGCAUCGAAUGGCGUCAGCCGCUCGCCGGCCGAGAAAGCUGGCAAGCGCGGCACCACGCGCGGUUCGCGCAGCUUGCGAUCAGAAUCGCCAUCAAAGGCAAAGGCGACGCCGCGCAAGAUCGCCACCCCACGAAGGCCGCGACGAACUCGAGGUACCACCGCCGAGCCGGAGGAAGCUGCAGCGCCAGUAGAACACGUCAAUGGCACGGCGCCCAAGGAUACCGUCAGAGUCGAGGUUGAAACCACCACGAGGGAAGGUGCGGAAGGCGAUGUCGAAGAUGUGAAGCUGAAGAUGGAACUUCCAUCAAAUCACCCCGACUUGAAGAUCCCAGACAACACAGAGGACAUGCUCGAAAAGGCCAGACAGAUGGUCGCCGAGGCGAGGAAGAUCGAAGGCAACUCGACCGUUCGCGAGAAGGCCAAGCGAAAGAUUGACGAAGUCGUCGACGAGGAUGAUGAAGUUGAAAUUGAAGCCGCUUCGCGCGCAGCAAGCAAAGCCAAGCCGGUGGAAGUCGAGCUUCGUAAGGAGAAGAUUCGACGGAAGGCCCUGACUGGUGUCGCGGUUACUGCGGCAGUUGGUUUCCUCAUACCACAAUUACCCUCCUUGUUGGCCAACUUCAACUUCUUCUAAGAGUGAUGAAGGAGAGAAUGGAGAGAGCGAAGAAAACAACAAAGAUCUGUGUCUGUCUGCUUUACAACAAUCAAGAUACCACUGGGGUUUCGAAAGAGAAACAUUGGGAGUUUGAGGCGAUGACUGAUGCUGGCUGCUAUCUAUCGUAGUGCAUCUGAUUUUUCUGCUUUCUGUGUGCUUACGCGCGUGUCGUUGUUAGUAUUGUCUCCUUGAGUCUGGAAGCACAGAGCGUGAGGGAAAGAAUGGAACUGGAAUUGAAGCGAAAGGGAAGGAGCAAACGAGUCAUGGGAAAGCCGGACUUCAUUGGCCGUCAGUAGGAAGCAGAGAGCGUCCAGCCAUCGCGGCGCAAUAGGCAGAAGAGUGAGUUGAUGAGUAUGCCAAAUCACCUUUUCACUGCUGCUAGAUUGUACGCGAAGGGCAAAGUAGAAGAAGCAAGCAUGAUACCAAUAUAGCGCUCGACUUGGCUGCUCCCAGAGACAGAUUUAAUACCACGACCACCCACAG